CGUCGCUUCACCACUAGUGCUCGAUCUCGAUACUACGUACGAUCAUCGGGAACAAUUAGUAUCUCUACGACUGGCCCUAUCCACCCGUUGGACAUGUUCAGAGUUGGAAUUGCAGCUUUAAUAGGAGCCCAGGUGGCUUUCCUGGAUGUUGUGCAAGCUUGGGGAGGCGAAUGUAUCAUUGGGAUCACUCAAGCUUGUGUUUCAAAUUAUACACAUCCCGUCGCAGAGGUCCUGGCAGCUUUCAAUCGGGAUUUAAAUAAUCAAUUUUUCUUGGGAGAAGCUCAAAUUGAUGCGGUGCGUCUUGUGGCACCUCUGUACGCGAACUUUGCGAUCGGCACAUACAAUCGAACCAAUCAAGACAUCUUUCCGAGUUACUUUCAUGGAAAAUGCUGGGAUAAGAAUGGUGGUGUCGAACCCAGCGAAAUCCAGACUGGUGAGCUCUUAAUGAAAACUCUAUUCCUAACUUGUGGGGCUGAUAUUGUUCUGGGUCGAGUCCCGUUGUCUGGUUGAAGCAUUUUGCGUUCUCGACUUCUGGCCCUUCUUACGAAAAGUUUGAAAGCAGCGUCAUGGAAAAAGCUGAGCAGGUUCACAGACGACAUAAAUUACGCAUUCGAAGAAGCCAUCAGCAGGGCAUGUCAAGGUCC